UUUUUUGACAGAUGUCACAGUAGGAAGAACUUUAAACUCAUUUUCUCUCAUUACAAACUUGUUUUGACCUCAUUCUCACAGCUGCUGUCGACACACCUGUUAAGGACUAUUUGUCUGUCGAUCUGCACAGUCAGAAACAUGGCCUCUGCGUUGUCUGAGGAACAGUUUCGGUGCACCAUCUGUCUGGAUGUCUUCGACAAUCCUGUCUCCAUCCCAUGUGGGCACAAUUUCUGCCUGGGAUGCAUCAAACGUUUCUGGGACAUGAGGCACAAGUCGGUGUGCCCGCUGUGCAAAGAAGCCUUUAAACGCCGACCAGAACUCAGGAUCAAUGUAGGCUUAAAAGACAUCACUGAGCAAUUUAAAAGGUCUCUCAAAGACAAGCCAAAAUACAAAUUAGUUCCACCGAAGAGAAGAAUCCCGAGACACCCUUCGAUGUCUGAAGAAGUUCCCUGUGAUGUCUGCCAGGGAAGCAAAUCAACAGCGGUCAAGUCGUGCCUCGUCUGCCGGGAGUCUUACUGUGAAAUUCACCUGACGCCUCAUCUAAGGGACCAAGUGAAGACGAAGCACUUGCUGACAGAUCCAGGCACCUUCAUCACCAGUCACCUCUGCGAAAAUCACAACAGGCUCCUGGAGAAGUUUUGCAAGAUGGACAACACGCCUGUUUGUAUGAAAUGCAUAGAGAGGGACCACAAACAUCAUGAGAUUGUGCCCCUGGAGAAUGAGAGCAGAAGGAUCAGGUCUCAGAUAAAGAUCACCAAAAGAGAGUUUCAAGAGCUGAUCCAGACCAGAAUCAGAGAGGCUGAGGAGAUCAAGGUUUCACUGGAGUUGAGCAAAUUAAAUAAACAAAGAGAGAUAGAAACAAGUAACCAGGUCGUCGCCAUGGUGAUAAGUGCGUUUGAGAGAAACCGGACUUGGCUCGUCAAUGAGGUCAAGCAGAAGCAGGAAGCGGCUGAGAGGACGGCGGACGAGUUUCUCAAAGAGCUCGACUACGAAAUCGAUGAACUGCAGAGGAGACGCAGCGAGCUGCAGCACCUGGAGCAGAGUGAGGACCCUCUUCAUCUCAUACAGGUCAGACCUGCACCGGUUCGAUUCCCCCACUGGACCAGCAGGACGAAUUCAGUGUGUAGCUUCCCCUCUCUGAGUGCUCCACUGUCCACCGGAGACUUGUCCAAGGCCAGAGUCCACUCAGACAACUGCAUAGGAACAGUGAGGAGAUCUUUCUCCAAGCUGGUGGACCUCUGCCAGCAACUCGAAACCAAACUGUCCGCAGAAGAAGUGACAAAGAUCACUCAGUAUGCAGCUGAUGUGACUCUGGAUCCUGUGACGGCUGCAGGCUGGCUAAUUCUGUCCCCAGAUGGAAAAAGGGUGAGCCUCGGCUGUAGCCAGAGGAAACUGUCUGUCCCUGAUGACCCCCGCAGGUUCGACUCCUGCGUCUCCGUUCUGGGGAAACAAAGCUUCACCUCGGGUCGACACUACUGGGUGGUUCAGGUUGGAGAUAAAACAGACUGGGAUCUUGGCGUGGCCAGGGAGUCCAUCAACAGGAAGGGAGUCAUCACCGUGCGUCCUGACAGCGGUUACUGGGCCAUCUGCCGGCGGAAAGGUGGCAGCCUCAACGCCUGCACUGGCCCCUCCGUCACCCUCCACCUGCAGGAAACCCCUCAGAAAGUCGGUGUGUUCCUGGACUAUGAAGCAGAGCUGGUGUCCUUCUACAAUGCGGAGGCAAAGACUCACAUUUACACCUACAGUGGGUGCACCUUCACCGAGCCUCUCUACCCAUACUUUAACCCCUGUCUCCAAGACAACGGGAAGAACACGGCCCCGCUGAUAAUCUGUCCUGUCGAGGUCGAGUACACUGCACAGACUGCAGCAUUUUGAGCAGAACGUCAGAGCACGACUGUUUACAAAAUCAGUGCCCAUUUCCUGUCAUUGAUUGAUGCAGAUCAUCACAGCCGCAUCCUCGCCCAAGUCCACUCCCACUCGUACACCCUUCAGACAGGCGUGCCCUGUCACUGAGACUCCACCCACAUGUCCGCCGGUCUGCUGGCAGUUAUGAGCUCUAAACUUAUGUCUGUUGAAGCACUUAGUUCUGUUUGGAAAUAUCAAAAUUUAGCUCCUGCUCCAGUGGUUGAAAGAGCUUCAGAGCGUACAAGCAAUUUGACAGCAAACUAAUUUAGAAACACAUUUGCCUGUGCUCAUGUGCCCAACAAAACUGGAUAAUCUCAAAAUGUGAUCCAAGCCAAGUGGUUUUGUGCCUAAACCUGACCAGACCUUUGACAUAGUGCUGUCACAACAUAAAACUGAGAAUUAAAAUGCAAAGUUUGUUGAAACAUACAGUGCCAAGAUUUGUUCUGGCAGCAGGGUUGGUACUUCAGUUUGCUUUUUCUUUAUAAAAAGAGGAUGCUGCGUACUUUUUUGAAUGGCAGUUAUCUUCCAGAACACAGUAGCACAUCCAGAUGUAAUUGCUUGUGCUGUCAGUAUUUGCAGUGUGUUUUUUGAUUUCCAGAUUGGUGAGGAUGUUCCUUUGUUUGCUUGUUCUUUGUUCCUUUGCAUGUGCUGCAUUUGUUUAAGUUCCUGUGAAGAAACCAGGGAGCGUACUGUUUGUUUUUGAUUGUAUAUGAGCCAUGUUUAUGACUGUGGUAAUGUUGAUACUGUUAUUGUGUUUGUCCUUUUUUAAGAUAAUCCUUACUUAAAUCGUUUGAAAGUUGAAUGUCUGUCCUUUUUCACCCAAAGCAUCUGCAGUUUGGGAACAGAUAUAAUUUGGUUUUGUUUGAUGCUGCUAGUCGUCAUCUGUCACGUUUUUAAAAGAUUGCUCAUUUACAGCUGAUAGACACUUAAUAUGCAAGAGCUUUGAAAAAUUUUCAGUUUGGCAAAGUUGAGUGAGAUGUUUAUAUUAUUUUGUCAACCCUUUAUAUAUAUAUAUAUAUAUUAUAUUCCAUAUGAUAUAUAAUAUAUAUACAGAUUUGCACAAAAGGUCACCAUUACUGUGAUUUAUUUUUGUAAGGUAUCUCCCAUGGGGGAAGGGGGAUGUUGUGAGCCUACAUGCUGGGUACUUUCGAUUAUAAUAAAGACAUUUUUUUCAUAUGUUUUAUCUGCCAAAAUCUUACAACACAUAUGUUGUAUGUGUGUCAUGUGUCAGCAUCUAGUAACUUAGGUUAAACAAAUGUAGUGGAGUACAGUGUUUCCACUAGUGGGUACUGCUUUUCUGGGUUCCUGUUUGUUAGUUUUACCUUCUUCUAUUCAUUUGUGUCAAUCAAUCGAUUUAUUUUUUCUUACAUUUGUGAAGAAAAGAAACCAAUUCUCAUGACAUUGUGUUUUUUUCUGAAGGUGUAAGCUUUCAGUAACUGUAUAUGCUUUUGAACUAAAUAAAUAAACUUAACAAAACAAUAUGAAAACA